AUGACAAUCAACACCAGCAAUAACAUCGGAGAUGACUUCGAACCAUCGCGACGAGAGUGCAUCCACGAAGAUGAGAGACUCUGCAAAUGGAACCUCAAGCGCCUCGUGUCGAGUUUUCCGCUCGAAAUUCGAUCGUCUACCAUUUGCAAGGGCUCCGGCCUGUUUACCGACGCCGCAAUUCCCGUGGGUUGCGAGAUUUACCACGUCAUCCCCACCAUGGAUAAUAUUACUGCCGACAACCUUUCUUUUUGCUCUUAUUGCCUGAAGGAUACGCAGGAGGUUCUAGGUGGUCCUUCCAAAGCCGACGAAGAAACAAAAGCCUGCUCGAGAUGCAAAGUUGCCAGGUAUUGCUCAAAGUUUGUGAGGCGGCUGGAAAAAAAGUACAGAUGGUGGUGCCGUGGCGGCUCCUCCCAACGCUUCGUGUUCGUUCGAUUAAGCCGAUUGCCUGCCGGGGAAGAAAUCACCAUCUGCUAUGUGGAUCCGGCUCUCACCUUAACCGCCCGCAAGGCUUUCCUCCAGCGCGAGUACUUCUUCGACUGCUCCUGCAACCGCUGCAAAGUCGAGCGCAGAGAGUGUUUAUCCUUACUCCAAGGGACCGAAAAGCUGUCGACCCUCCCACAAUACCAGCAGGACAUCGUCCAGCUCAUCAGUGCCGCCGUCAAAGCCGCCAAAUACACCGGCGUUUUCCCCGAUUAUGAAGACCCUGCGGCUGUCGAAACGAGGCUACGCACGAUUACCGUAAACGCAUUCCCCCCCGGCAAGAACUGGCCCGAACAUAUGGAACCACUACCCUCUGCUCGCCUUUCGCUGGCCAUGUUGUAUCUCGAAAAAGGCCAGCCCGUUCCCGCCCUGCGCAACGCUCUCAAGGCACAACUCCUUAAUAGCCGGAGAGGAGGACGUGAGUGGGUCAACGACAUGAUGGACGUUAUCACGAUCCUUAUUGUCGCAGCGAGCCUGCCGCCGGAGUCGUCCGCGUUCAUGGACAAGAAAUUCCCCCCGUCCACUGACAUCCACAACGUGACGCUCGGGUAUUUUAUUGCGGCUGCCGAUCAGGCGAGUGGUGUGUUCGGCGCGGAGGCGGAGUAUGCCAAGGGGAUUUCGCACAUGACGAGUGUCAUGGCUGCGCAAAAGGGCCCGCCUGUGCCGGGAAGCAAAGAGUUUAUCGAGGCGUUUGUCUCGGCACAGCGCAAGCUGCUGGAAUGGGCAGGGAUUCCGGAAGAGAAUGCCGUCGUUAUUCGUGGAAUGUGA